GAGACCCAGCGGAAUAAGAGAAGCUCCCGUGCUCGAUGAGCAGCGUACGACGCAAAGUUGGUGCCGGGCCUUCCGCCCUCCGAACACGAACCUGCGCCCGGGGUCUCGCCUUCCCCUACCCCUUUUCGUCAGGCAGGUGUUCUGCAAGAAAGCUGAAGUUUUUACUCACGGUGGACUCCUCUUAGUCGAGAUCCAUCGCCAUGGCGUGGCUUAGGGCCGUGUCAGGUGUGGCCACAUCGGCAAUUAGGAGAAACCUGGCUCAAGCGCCGCAUCACACCGCCAGACUGCGCGCCCUGCCCCAUCCGCCGGCCCGGACCUUCCACUCCACUGCCCUCAGACGGAAGGCCGAGUCAGCCGCGCCGAUCCCCCGCCCCGUGCCCCUCUCCCGUCUGUCCGACAGCUUCCUCGACGGCACCAGCAGUGUCUACUUGGAGGAGCUGCAGAGGGCCUGGGAAGCCGACCCCAACAGCGUCGAUGAAUCCUGGGACAACUUCUUUAGGAACUUUGUUGGACAGGCUGCCACCUCGCCAGGAAUCUCCGGCCAGACCAUCCAGGAGAGCAUGAGAUUGCUGCUGCUUGUCAGGGCCUACCAGGUCAACGGCCACAUGAAGGCCAAGUUGGAUCCUUUGGGUCUAGAGGAGCGGGAGAUUCCGGAGGAUUUGGAUUUGGGCCUCUAUGGAUUCACGGACGCAGACUUGGAUAGGGAAUUCUUCCUCGGUGUGUGGAGGAUGGCCGGCUUCUUGUCGGAGAACCGCCCUGUGCAGACCCUCCGCGAGAUAUUGAACAGACUGGAGCAGGCAUAUUGUGGGAAUGUGGGGUAUGAGUACAUGCACAUCCCUGAUAGGGAUAAGUGCAAUUGGAUAAGGGACAAGAUCGAGACGGUGAAACCAAGGGAAUACAGUCGGGAUCGUCGUGAAGUCAUUCUUGACAGGCUCAUUUGGAGCACUGAGUUUGAGAAUUUCUUAGCUACCAAGUGGACAGCUGCAAAGAGGUUUGGCCUCGAAGGUGGAGAAACCCUGAUUCCAGGAAUGAAGGAGAUGUUCGAUAGAGCGGCUGACCUAGGGGUGGAGAGCAUUGUUAUUGGAAUGCCUCAUAGAGGAAGGUUGAAUGUCUUGGGUAAUGUUGUCAGGAAACCGUUGCGUCAGAUUUUUAGUGAAUUUAGUGGUGGCACAAAGCCUGUGGAUGGAGAAGUUGGGUUGUAUACAGGAACUGGUGAUGUGAAAUACCAUUUGGGUACUUCAUAUGAUAGGCCGACCAGGGGUGGGAAAAGGAUUCACUUGUCUUUAGUUGCCAAUCCAAGUCAUUUGGAGGCUGUUGAUCCUGUUGUGAUUGGGAAGACAAGAGCAAAACAAUACCACUCCAAUGAUACCAAGAGGAUGAAAAAUAUGGGUGUAUUGAUCCAUGGAGAUGGAAGCUUUGCGGGGCAGGGUGUGGUUUAUGAGACUCUACAUCUCAGUGCUCUUCCCAACUACACUACUGGUGGAACAAUUCACAUAGUGAUUAACAACCAGGUCGCUUUCACCACUGAUCCUAGGUCAGGAAGGUCUUCUCAAUACUGCACAGACGUUGCUAAAGCAUUGAAUGCACCAAUCUUUCAUGUCAAUGGAGAUGAUAUGGAAGCAGUUGUACAUGUUUGUGAGCUUGCAGCAGAGUGGCGACUGACAUUCCAUUCUGAUGUGGUGGUUGAUGUUGUUUGUUACAGACGAUUUGGCCACAAUGAGAUAGAUGAACCCUCUUUCACACAACCAAAGAUGUAUCAGGUCAUUCGGAAUCAUCCAAGUGCACUUGAAAUUUACCAAAACAAGCUUUUAGAGUCAGGAGAGAUCUCUAAAGAAGAGAUUGAUAGGAUCCGCAGCAAAGUCACUUCCAUUCUGAACGAGGAGUUCAUUAAUAGCAAAGACUAUGUUCCAAAAAGGAGGGACUGGCUUUCAGCAUUUUGGACAGGAUUUAAAUCUCCAGAACAGAUAUCACGUAUUCGAAACACUGGAGUAAGACCUGAGAUUUUAAAGCGCGUUGGACAAGCCAUUACAUCUCUUCCUGAAAAUUUCAAGCCUCAUAGAGCAGUCAAAAAGAUCUUCGAGCAACGUGGUCAGAUGAUUGAAACUGGGGAAGGCAUUGACUGGGCAAUGGGAGAGGCGCUAGCUUUUGCUACUCUUAUCAUAGAAGGAAACCAUGUUAGGUUGAGUGGCCAAGAUGUCGAAAGAGGUACAUUUAGUCAUCGCCAUUCAGUUAUUCAUGACCAACAAACGGGAGAGAAGUACUGCCCUCUGGAUCAUGUUCUGAUGAACCAGGAUGAGGAGAUGUUCACUGUCAGCAACAGUUCGCUUUCAGAGUUUGCUGUCCUUGGAUUUGAAUCAGGAUACUCAAUGGAAAAUCCUAAUUCAUUGGUACUUUGGGAAGCUCAGUUUGGUGACUUCUCGAAUGGUGCUCAGGUAAUGUUUGAUCAGUUUUUGAGCAGCGGAGAAUCCAAGUGGCUUCGCCAAACUGGGCUUGUUCUUCUACUUCCCCAUGGUUAUGAUGGUCAAGGCCCAGAACAUUCAAGUGCACGACUGGAGCGUUUCCUCCAGAUGAGCGACGAUAACCCGUAUGUAAUUCCUGAGAUGGAACCAACUCUACGGAAACAAAUCCAGGAAUGUAAUUGGCAAAUUGUCAAUGUGACAACUCCUGCUAAUUAUUUCCAUGUUCUGCGACGUCAGAUCCAUAGGGAGUUCCGGAAACCUCUGAUUGUAAUGUCUCCCAAGAACCUGCUUCGUCACAAGGACUGCAAAUCAAAUCUAUCCGAGUUUGAUGAUCUGGAGGGCCAUCCAGGAUUUGAUAUGCAAGGAACACGCUUCAAGCGCCUUGUAAAGGACCAGAAUAAUCACAAAGAAGUUGAGGAGGGUAUUAAUCGUCUCAUCUUGUGCUCUGGAAAGGUCUAUUAUGAACUUCACGAAGAACGUAAGAAGUUGGACCGUAAGGAUGUUGCAAUUUGUAGAGUCGAACAGCUCUGCCCAUUCCCUUAUGACCUAAUUCAAAGAGAGCUUAAGCGAUAUCCAAAUGCAGAGAUCGUCUGGUGUCAGGAAGAGCCGAUGAACAUGGGUGCAUACGGUUACAUCACUCCUCGCCUAUAUACCACGAUGAGGAUGCUAGGUCGGGGGACUUUUGAAGAUAUCAAAUAUGUUGGAAGGGCACCUUCUGCCGCAACAGCUACCGGUUUCUACUCGGUUCACGUCCAGGAGCAGACUGAGCUUGUACAGAAAGCAAUGCAGCCUGGUCCGAUCAGUCAUCCUCAUUAAAACUCUUCUUCUGUUUCCGAUUCUAAAGGAAUAAGAUGGAAUGAGUUGUUGCCUGAACUCUGUGACAUGUUUCAGGCAAGGUGUUUAAGCUCAUGAACCAGUUCAUCAUUAAUUGUUUUGGUGCCUCUGUUGUCAUUUGCAAAUGGCAGCAAGCGGUGAUUUUUUACUUGUAGUAUUUCCAGUGUAUAACAUGUUGGUGACAGUCCACCACCACAUUCAUACCGUGAAGACCAUGUGAGCUUCACAUGUUCGAUCAAUUGACGUAUGUACAGUAUUUUCUUUUCGUCGACAA